AUGACCACAGCAGCAGUGUUCGGCAGCACAGGAGCUGUCGGUUCUCAAAUCCUCGCAACUCUUCUCGCCACCGAUGGUUUCUCAUCCAUCAAGACCAUCUCAAGAAGACUUCCAUCCGCGCAGUCUCCCAAGUUGGAAGCGCUCCAGGAAAGCGACAGCUCAAAAUGGAGCGCUAUGAUUUCUUCCUUGUCGCCCAAGCCAUCAGUAGUCUUCAAUGCAGUCGGUACCACCAGAGCAGAAGCCGGCGGUAUUCAGAAUCAGUGGAAAAUUGACCAUGACUUGUGCAUUGAGAAUGCCCGAGCAGCUAAAGAAGCAGGUGUGAAGACAUAUGUUUUUGUCUCUAGCGCGGGUACUAGAAAAUUCUUCUCAAGCCAGGUGCCUUAUUCGAAAAUGAAGAUUGGCGUGGAGGAUGCCAUAAAAGAGCUUGAUUUCGAACAAGCCAUCAUAUUGAGGCCGGGUAUGAUUAUUGGCCGGGAAAAGUCCAAGGCUCCGCUGUUUGAGAAGAUCGUGGAGAAUCUUCACAAGAUAAGUCAGGGUAUUCAAGAUAGCUUGGGCCAGGAUCAAACCGUCAUCGGCAGAGCUGCGGUAGCAGCUGCUCGUAUCGCAGAAGAGGGCAAGGCGCCUGCAAAAUAUUGGACUGUGGAAAUGGAUGAAAUUGUCAAGUUGGGCAGAGAUGAGUGGAAGGAAUAA